CGAUAAGACAGUUCAUGCCCUGUGUUUAUGUGACAUAUUCGCCUCAUACAGGCUUUAUUUUGUUAAAUUUAAGUUUUCUGUGAUUCCGUUUUGAAUGGAACAUAAAAAGGCUGUAAUAACCACCUGCACACAGUUUGUUGUGAUAUGUCUCCUUGUCGUAUUGAGGGCAGAGGAGCGGACAGAUGACGGAGGAGGCUGGUCUUUAAAUUCAGAUUUCAGAUUACAGGAUGAAGGUCCCUGUAACAUAGAUGUGUUUGACAGCUCCUCUCUCUCAUAUCAACAGUUCAUUGAAAGAUAUGCAUACAGGAGACCAGUCAUCCUCAAAGGCCUGACUGAUAACACGAAAUUCAAGUUGAUGUGCUCCAAGUCAAGUUUACUACAGCACUAUGGUGACCGGAGAGUGAGGCUCAGUACAGCUAACACUUACUCGUACAGGAAAGUGGAUGUCCCGUUCCAGGAGUACGUGGAUAUUUUCUUGAGGCCUCAAUCGACUGACACCCUUGGCAGUGACACACUGUAUUUCUUUGGAGACAACAACUUCACCGAGUGGCAGAGUCUGUUUCAGCACUACGAGUCCCCGCCGUACGUCCUGCCUCUCACCAGCGGAGCGUACAGCUUCGGCAUCGCAGGUCCUGGAACAGGAGUUCCCUUUCACUGGCACGGUCCAGGUUACUCUGAGGUCAUCUACGGAAGAAAGCGUUGGUUCCUCUACCCGCCUGAGAAGGAGCCCCAUUUCCACCCGAACCGCACCACCCUGUCCUGGGUGACAGAAACCUACCCCCACCUGCCGGAGGACGAGGCCCCGCUGGAGUGCACCAUCAGACCUGGGGAGGUGCUGUAUUUCCCCGACCGCUGGUGGCACGCCACGCUCAACCUGGACACCAGCGUCUUUAUCUCCACCUUCCUCGGCUGAGCGACUCUCAUCAGUUUGUCUUCAGGCUGACGGGGAGAGAAACAGACUGGACCUGAUGUUUGAGGAGAACGACUGAUCAACAGACUGAUCAAUCAACAGACUGAUCAACCAACAGACUGAUCAACCAACAGACUGAUCAAUCAACAGACUGAUGAACUCUCAUUUUUGUGAUUUCUGGUCUGGAUGAAGCUGACAUUUAAUUUCAGGGACUAAGGAGCAGAGUAACAUUCCAGGUGAAUCUUUUAAGAGCCAAGAUUCAUUUUUUUUUAAAAAGGUGCUGCACGACCAACCACAACCUGCAACUGUCGGAUGUUUUAAUUCUGUUUGUAUGUAAAACUGUAUGAAUGAGGCAUAAAUAAUAAAUGUUA